CCUCACAACGAGCGUGAAAAUGCUCGGGGUGCAACUGUUAUCAUUAACAUGAUCGACAAGACCACAGAAAUUUCCAAUCCUGCUGAGAAAAAUGAAGAACCAAAACGAUUUUCAUUCGAUUACAGUUACUGGUCUCACGAUGAUUUUACCAAACGUGAAAGUGAUGGCUAUUUAGUGCCAGCCUCUCCUCGAUAUGCUGAUCAGCUACGUGUAUUUAAAGACUUGGGCCAAGGUGUCUUAGAUAACGCCUGGAAGGGCUAUAAUUGUUCUCUAUUCGCUUAUGGGCAAACAGGAUCGGGUAAAUCAUACUCUAUGGUUGGCUAUGGAGCUAAUAAAGGUAUUAUACCUGUGGCAUGUCAAGAACUAUUUAAUACCAUAAAUGAAAAGAAAAGUGGAGGAGAUACGACCGAGUUUGAAAUUAAUUUUAGUAUGUUAGAAAUCUACAAUGAACAGGUACGCGAUCUACUAAAUCCUAAAGGACCAAGUGUGCAGAAAGGGGGUUUAAAAAUUCGUCAACAUCCCUCGAAAGGUUUCUAUGUUGAAGAAUUGAAGAAUGUACCUGUUACUAGUUACAAAGAUAUUGAAAAUAGAAUGGAAGAAGGAACGCGUAAUAGAACUAUUGCAGCAACUAAUAUGAAUGCAACAAGCAGUCGCGCACAUACAAUUGUUGCCAUUACAUUUAAGCAAAAAACGAAAGCUAAAGGCAAUCAAAGUAUGACCCGAACAUCGACAAUGAACCUUGUCGAUUUAGCUGGCAGUGAGCGUGCAGAAUCAACAGGAGCUACUGGAGAUCGUUUGAAAGAAGGAUCAGCUAUUAAUUUAUCACUAACAAUUCUUGGUAAUGUUAUUAAAGGUGAGUUGAAAUCUUCCAACUACUUACUGUACUUUAUAUUACUAUCAGUCCCAUUUCGUGAUUCUGCUCUUACCAAAUUAUUAAAGAAUGCCUUAGACGGAAACAGCAAGACCAUUAUGAUUGCUGCUUUGAGCCCUGCUGAUAUUAAUUAUGACGAAACAUUAUCAACGUUGAGAUUUGCUGAUCGAGCUAAAAGCAUCAAGACAAAAGCUGUUGUUAAUGAAAGCCCUACAGAAAAAUUAAUUCGUGAGUUAAAGGAAGAAAAUGCAAGACUUUUAGCUCAAUUAAAAGGUGCAGGAACAGUCCAAGAAGUGAAAAUUCGUCAAAAUGAAAGAGAGAUGGAAGAGAUGAAAAAAUCGUGGGAGCAAAAAUUGAAAGAAUCCACAAAAUCUCAAGAGGCUACUGAAGAGAACCGAUUGCGUGAUAAAAGAAAAACAACUCCACAUUUAUGGAAUCUAAAUGAAGAUCCUCAAUUAACUGGUGUUGUUGUACACUUCGUCGACCCAGGUGAAAAUACAAUUGGCAAUAGUAAAGCUGAACCGGAACCUAACAUUGUCUUGAAUGGCCUAAGUAUUCAACAGCAACAUGCCAUCAUUAAAUUCAAGAAUGAUGUUGUAACAAUCUUUCCUGGUCCUGAUCUGGCUAAAACUGUUGUAAAUGGUGAACCAGUUACUGGAGAGACUAUACUUCACCAUAAUGAUCGGAUUGUCUUUGGCUCGAAUCAUAUUUACGUACUCAAUUAUCCAGCAGAGUUUAAGGCAGCGCAAGAAACAGGCAAAGAAUUUCGAGAAGUAACAUGGGAUCUAAUUCAGAAAGAAAUUGCUAAAAGUUCUGGAUUUGACAUGGACACUAAGGGAAAAUCGAAAGAGGAACUGCUAUUACAAGAAGAUUUAAUGAAAAUUAUGCAAUUUAUUAGCGAAGCUAAUGCUAUGAGUGAAGAGUUAAAUAAGAAGGUCGUCUUUGAGAUUGUAUUAGUAUCUCCACAAGCUCGAGGUCUAAAAGAAGGAAGAACGGAGAUCUUCGUUAGAAUGCGUAAUUUACUUAACGAUGCAUCUUGGCUAUGGGACAAGGAUAAGUUUAUUAAUCGAAAAUUUCUCAUGCAAGAAAUGUAUCAAAAUUUCUUACAAACUGGAGAAAAUAAAGUUGAUAAGGAGGAUGAAGAUCCAUUUUGGGAACCUAGCGAUGCCUAUGUGCUAGUUGGAUCUGUACAAGUUUAUUUAGAAACUUUAGCCUAUAUGUUUGACAUGGAGGAGUCGCUGAAUAUAACUGAUUUUAAAGGCAAUCAAAAUGGUAUUAUGAGUAUUUCAGCUGUUCCUUGUAAAGCUGACGGAAGUGAUUUAGAAGAAGAUGCUGACGAUAUUGAAAGUCCAGAAGAUCUUAUUGGAAAAGCAUUAUAUUUUAACCUUAAUAUCAAUAAUAUUCGUGGAUUGCCAAUGAAAUAUAAUAAGAAAGUCUACUGUAAGUACAAGUUUUACCUUGACACUAAAGAAUACAGAACAAAAGUAGUUGAAGGUACAAUCAAUCCUGACUUCAAAUAUACGGAAAGAUUUUCAUUCCCAACAGUAACGAAUCAGGUAAAUAAAGCAACACUCCCUUCGAUAAACACCUCAACUAAAAUUAAAGUUAAUGGGAGAAUUUUUUGA